CGCGCUGGGCUUCUGGCGCUGGCGGAGGCGCCAUGCAGGCCGACCCGACGCCGGAGCGCAGCAGCCGGGUCCUGACGCCAGAGCCGGAGCCGGAGCCGGGCCCAGAGUCGGUCCUCGACCCCGAGCAGGAUGCGCGGGCGGCCCUGGCCGAGUUCGUGGCGCUGCACGGCCCGGCGCUGCGCGCGUCGGGAGUCCCCGAGCGGUACUGGGGCCGCCUCCUGCACAAGCUGGAGCACGAGGUUUUUGACGCUGGGGAGAUGUUCGGGAUCAUGCAGGUGGAGGAAGCCGAAGAGGAGGAGAGUGAGGAUGAGGUGGCCCGAGAAGCACGCAAGAAGCCCAACCCUGGCAGCGAGCUCUGCUACAAGGUCAUCGUGACCAACGAGAAUGGGCUCCAGGCUGCCGACCCCAACAGCAUCUUCCUCAUCGACCACGCCUGGACGUGCCGCGUGACGCACGCCCGCCAGCAGCUGCAGCAGGUGCCGGGGCUGCUGCACCGCAUGGCCAACCUGAUGGGCGUCGAGUUCCACGGCGAGCUGCCCAGCGCGGAGGCUGUGGACCUGGUUCUGGAGGAGAUGUGGAAGUUCAACCAGACCUACCAGCUGGCGCACGGGACGGCCGAGGAGAAGGUGCCCGUGUGGUACAUCAUGGAUGAGUUCGGCUCACGCAUCCAGCAUGCUGACGUGCCCAGCUUUGCCACCGCCCCCUUCUUCUACAUGCCCCAGCAGGUGGCCUACACGCUGCUGUGGCCCCUGCGGGACCUGGACACGGGCGAGGAGGUGACCCGGGACUUCGCCUACGGAGAGGCCGACCCGCUGAUCCGGAGGUGUGUGCUGCUGCCCUGGGCCCCCACCGACCUGCUGGACCUCAGCUCCUCCACGCCCGAGCCGCCCGCCGAGCACUACCAGGCCAUACUGGAGGAGAACAAGGAGAAGCUGCCCCUGGCCAUCAGCCCCGCGGGGUACCCCUGCGACCACGUCUUCAAGGUCUACACGGACAUCCGGCAAGUGCUCAGCCACCUCACCCACCCGCGCUUCACCUUCACCCAGAGCGAGGCGGACGCCGACGUCCUCUACAACUUCUCACACUUCAAGGACUACAGGAAGCUGAGCCAGGAGAGGCCCAACGUGCUGCUGAACCAGUUCCCCUGCGAGAACCUGCUGACGGUGAAGGACUGCCUGGCCUCCAUCGCACGCCGGGCGGGCGGCCCCGAGGGCCCGGCCUGGCUGCCCCGCACCUUCAACCUGCGCACGGAGCUGCCCCAGUUCAUCAGCUACUUCCAGCAGCGGGAGAGGCGGGGUGAGGACAACCACUGGAUCUGCAAGCCCUGGAACCUGGCCCGCAGCCUGGACACCCACAUCACCAAGAACCUGCACAGCAUCGUCCGGCACCGCGAGAGCUCCCCCAAGGUUGUGUCCAAGUACAUCGAGAGUCCCGUCUUGUUCCUUCGGGAAGACGUGGGGAGGGUCAAGUUCGACAUCCGUUACAUCCUGCUGCUGCGGUCGGUGAAGCCCCUGAGGUUGUUCGUCUACGACGUGUUCUGGCUGCGGUUCUCCAACCGGCCCUUUGCCCUCAACGACCUGGACGACUACGAGAAGCAUUUCACUGUCAUGAACUAUGACCCGGAAGUGGUGCUGAAGCAGGUACACUACAACGAGUUCAUCCCGGAGUUUGAGAAACAGUACCCAGAGUUCCCCUGGAAGAGCGUCCAGGCUGAAAUCUUCCAGGCCUUCACGGAGCUGUUCCAGGUGGCGUGUGCCAGGCCGCCCCCGCUGGGCAUCUGUGACUACCCCUCAUCCCGGGCCGUGUACGCCGUCGACCUCAUGCUGAAGUGGGACAGUCGUCCAGAUGGGAAGCGAGUGAUGCAGCCGCAGAUCCUAGAGGUGAACUUCAACCCGGACUGUGAGCGAGCCUGCAGGUACCACCCAAGCUUCUUCAACGACAUCUUCAGCACCUUGUUCCUGGACGAGCCCAGCGGCUGCCCCGUCACCCGCCUCCUCUAGGCGCCCGCUGGCCCUCCUGCUGGUGCUUACGGGCGGAUUCCAGCCUCAGUUCUCGGAGCUGCCUCUGCAACGUGUCCCCCCCACCCCCCGCAAGCCCUCGUUCCAGCCUCCCACCCUGGGGUUCGGGGGCCCACCUCCCCUCGGUCGGUCCCUAGGGUCGAGUGCCAGGCCCCAGUCCACACACCCCUCUCCAGCGACUGUGUGGUGGUCGAUAUCAGCUCAGCAAGGGCUUUAUCCCAGAGAGCUUGGUUCCAGCGGUGUUCAUGAAAGCGGUUCUGGGAAGCAUGACGAGAUGUUCUCAGGAACGAGGUUCCCCAGGAGCCCUCGUGGGAAUCCAGACGCUAACAGGCCAGACUGGCUGUUCCCAUGCUCCACCCCAGGCCCUGGGACAGGCGUCCCCAGAUCACCCCAGGAAGCUGGCUUCUCAGAGCCAAACCUCUCACCCUUAGAGUCGAACCUUCACCAGCAAAACCUCCUUGAGGCUCCAGGGCGGGAGGCCAUUUCUCUUGGCUGCUGUUGCCUUUCUAUCCGGCCCCAUGGACAGGCCACAGUGUGGUGCCAGGUCCUGCCAGCCCACUGGGCCCCGCAGGGGUCCUCGCCUCGUCUGAGGUUGGCUGGGACAUUGGUGAGGGGGCUCGGGGACAGGUGGACAGCAGGACACCAGGCAGUGGAUGGCUGAGAAAGACAAUUCCAGAGGCCGCCUUCCACCAGCCAGAGUCAAAAAGUGGGAUUUUUGUUACUUUUUCAUUUAUGGGAAGAAAACACAGAGUUCUCGUUCUUCAUUAUGUUUCUGGAAUUUUGAGUCCGUUUGCAGCAUAGUUUGUAUAGCCACAGUGUACCCAGGCCCAGCUCACGAGGCGGUGGGUCUGACUUCUGGAGGAGAGCUGCCUGCAGAGCUUUCGUGUGUGUGUGGGGGGUGUGUGUAUGUGUGUGUGUGUGUGUGUGUGUGUUGCUUGUUUCACUCUGGAGCCAAGAGUGAUCUUUGUAGCAAAACUGGAUUUGACUGUGCCUCUCACCUCUGUGUCCGCCAGAGGGGUGUGUCUGCCCAUCCUGUCUGUUACCCACAAGUUCAGCCUGUGUCCUGGGGAAGCACCCCUCCCUCCAGCCGAGCGGAGGUUAGAGGGCAGGAUGCCUCAACUCUGGUUUUCCCUGCAGAGAGCUGCUGUGUCCUGUCCCCUCCUGACGGUUUGUGCUACAAUAAAGUCCGCCUUCUGUA